CUAACUGCACCGGUGUGGGAACUGGGAACACGACGGAAAAAUGUGUUUAUCAAUGCCCUCUACGGUUAAAUAAAAAAUCGAAAUUUUCUACUCUGUGAAGUGCUCCGGUGUGGGAAGCAUUUCUGAUUGUUCUCUUCAUUCCUCCCCAUUGUUAAUAAACAAAUUAAGGAUAGAAGACGAGAUCUUCAACCAUGUCGGAGCUUUGUUCCACACUUUCCCUCUUCACGGCCCGCACUCCCUUCUGUUCUCUUCCAACCCGCUCCCUAAUUCCGACCUCCGUCCGCCACCGCCGUCGCCCCUCCCUGAAUUUCACCCGCCGGCGUUGCCUUUCAACCGCAGCUCGGUCUUACCGCGAAUUUGAAACGGAUGCUGAUGAAUUGCUUGAAAUGGAGGGGUCUGGCGUUGAAGAAGAGGAGGAAGACAGCCUCGAUAUCGAUGCCUUCGAACGCGAAGCUGACCAGGCUGUUCGAGAGUUCUCCCAGUCUUUAUCUCGGCAACUAAGAAUGGAGGAUGAAAGACUUGGAGCGAAAGAAGCACGGGAGCAGAAAGGAACCAAAAGUACCAUAGGUCGGGUCCCAGAUCGUCUCCUUCCAAAGGUUGUGAUUGUUGGCAGGCCAAAUGUUGGGAAGUCAGCAUUGUUUAAUAGACUUGUUGGAGGGAAAAGGGCCAUUGUGGUCGAUGAACCUGGGGUUACCCGGGACCGCUUAUAUGGAAGAUCGUUUUGGGGAGAAAAUGAAUUUAUUGUCGUGGAUACAGGGGGCGUUCUUACUAUCUCAAAGUCUCGGGAUGAAGUGAUAGAUGAGUUGGAUAUCUCAACAACUAUUGGAAUGGAGGGGAUUCCGCUCGUAAUCCGGGAUGCUGCUGUUGCCAGAAUGCCUUCAAUGAUUGAAAGACAAGCUACGUUUGCUGUUGAAGAAUCAUCUGUCAUCAUAUUUCUUGUUGAUGGACAGGCAGGUCCAACUGCUGCCGAUGAAGAAAUAGGGGACUGGCUGCGUAAGAACUAUUCACAUAAGUGUGUGAUUCUUGCUGUUAACAAAUGUGAAUCUCCACGUAAAGGAAUCAUGCAGGCAUCAGAAUUCUGGUCUUUGGGGUUCUGUCCACUUCCAAUAUCAGCUAUAUCUGGGACGGGAACUGGUGAGCUUUUAGAUCUUGUUUGCUCUGGAUUAGAGAAAGUUGAGGGCACAGAAGUUCUUGAGGAUGAAGAAAAAUGCCCGAUUUCAGUUGCAAUAGUUGGUCGUCCAAAUGUGGGGAAAAGCAGUAUUUUAAAUGCCUUGGUUGGGGAAGACAGAACAAUUGUUAGUCCCAUCAGUGGAACUACACGUGAUGCUAUCGAUACAGAAUUUACUGGAUCAGAUGGACAGAAAUUUUGCCUCAUUGAUACCGCAGGAAUAAGGAAAAAAGGAGCUGUGGCUUCAUCUGGAAGCAUAACAGAAGCUUUAUCAGUAAAUCAAGCAUUUCGUGCAAUUCGGCGUGCAGAUGUUGUGGCUCUUGUUAUUGAGGCUAUGGCUUGCAUAACUGAGCAGGAUUGGAAGAUUGCAGAGAGGAUUGAAAAGGAAGGAAAAGGUUGCGUCAUUGUUGUGAAUAAGUGGGACACAAUUCCCAACAAAAACCAGUCCACUGCAACCUACUAUGAGCAAGAUGUUAGGGAGAAGCUUCGUCUUCUUGGUUGGGCACCAAUUGUAUAUUCAACAGCAAUCGGAGAGCAUAGUGUUGAUAAAAUCAUUUAUACUGCUAACAUCGUUGAAAAAGAAAGAUCAAGAAGAUUAACCACGUCAAUAUUGAAUCAAGUAAUAUGGGAAGCCAUGGCCCUCAAAUCACCUCCAAGGACCCGAGGUGGGAAGAGGGGUCGUGUAUAUUAUUGCACUCAGGCUGCUAUUAGGCCACCUACAUUUGUCUUCUUCGUGAAUGAUGCAAAACUUUUCCCUGAGACAUACCGACGGUACAUGGAAAAGCAGCUGAGAUCAAACGCCGGGUUCUCAGGCACACCUAUUCGGCUUCUCUGGCGCAGCAGAAGGAAAACUAAAGGUUGAUAGUUCGUAUAAACACCCAACAGGUGUUUGUGGGGAUCUAACUUCAUCAUCCUCGCAUAUUCAUAGGAGGCGAUGAUAGAAUUCCUAGUCAUGUCUUUUAGUGUUUUUGUGUACCAAAAGGCAUAAAUAGCGUUCUUGUGUACUGUAGAAUAGAACACUGUUUGAGAAAAUGCAGGGAAAGUAAAAUUCUUAACAUUGAGCUACCCUGUACUGUGUUUGAGAAAGGGCAUACAAGAGUUCUUAUGGAACCAUUUAAAUUAGUGAAAUUUGUGCUAAAUAAAACUAAAACAUAAGU